AUCAUUUCUCGCUGUGACAUCAUGUUGCUGAUGGAAAUAAAGGAGAACAAGAACCGGGUUUGUCCUCUGCUGGUGGAGCAGCUCACCAGUCAGCUGAAGGGGCCAAAGGAGGAAUACAGCUGCGUGGCCAGCGAGAGGCGGGGAAGGAGGAGCUACAAGGAGCAGUACGCCUUCGUCUACAGGCAACAUCUGGUAUCGGUGAAACAAACCUACCAGUACCCUGACACCCAGCCUGGGGACGAGGAUGCCUUCUCCAGAGAGCCCUUUGCCAUCUGGUUCCAGUCUCCAAAAACUGCUGUCAAAGAGUUUGCUAUAAUCCCUCUGCACACCACACCAGAGACAGCAGUACGGGAGAUUGAUGAGCUCUAUGAUGUCUAUUUAGACAUAAAAAAGCGCUGGAAAACUGAGAACUUCAUCUUCAUGGGGGACUUUAAUGCUGGAUGUAGCUACGUUCCCCAAAAGCAGUGGAAGAACAUCCGGCUGAGGACUUACUCUGAAUUCAUCUGGCUAAUCAGCGACAAAAAUGACACAACAGUGAAGAGAAGCACAAGCUGCCCGUAUGACAGGAUCGUGGUCAGCGGGCAGAAGCUCGUCCAUGCCGUUGUGUCACACUCUGUCAACAUCUUUGAUUUCCAGAAGGACUUUCAGAUGACCGAGGAACAGGCGCUGGGGGUGAGCGACCACUUCCCUGUAGAGUUUGAGUUAAAAAGAAGAGGCGGCUUCUUCAACUGGCUGAAAUCGCAGUUUUCAAAGAAGAAGAGAUCAAGAAAGAGCCGCCGCUUGAGCUCAUGA